GAUUCUCUUACACUCACUCACUAUAUUAAUCAAAAGUGACACACUACAAUGAAGAUAUCUAGAUUUAGCAAAGAACCAAUUAAUUCUCAAUUACGGUAAAUCAUAAAUAAACCCCAACAAAACAAAAAGAAAAAACAAAACCAGCUUCAUACUCUCUCUUGUUUCUCUGUCUCUCUUUAAAGCUUUGUUUUUUCCCUUUCUCUGAAAAUGAAAACACUAAUCAUGGAAGAAACAAACACAAACACAACCUCAAACACAAACACAACCUCAAUUCCUCAAGACCCAUCUUCCAAAAGACACUUCCAUUGGACCAACAAGGUUGGAAAUGAAGACCCAGAAGAAGUUCCAACCACCAUGUCCAAAAUCAUAGAAGAACAAAACACCAAAAAAAAUGAUGAAAAAGCUGUUUCAGGACAUGCAGCAACUAGGAAAAAGCUACAAACCGUAGCAAUUUCAAGGCUACGUUCUGUUCUUACAGUAUUCAACAAAAACCGUUCAAAUCUACCUUCUGGUCUUGGUUCAAGAGUUGUUGGGACACUUUUUGGAUAUCGUCGUGGCCAUGUUCAUUUUGCUUUUCAGAAAGAUCCCAUUUCACAACCAGCUUUUUUGAUUGAGCUUGCAACACCAAUAAGUGGUUUGGUUCGUGAAAUGGCUUCUGGGUUGGUUAGAAUUGCUCUUGAAUGUGAUAAAGUGAAUAAGGAGAAAGAGAAAGAAACUGAGAAGAAAAGUUUAAGAUUGUUACAAGAACCACUUUGGAGGACUUAUUGUAAUGGAAAAAAGUGUGGAUUUGCUAAUAGAAGAGAAUGUGGUGAAAAAGAUUGGGAAAUUUUGAAAGCUGUUGAGCCAAUUUCAAUGGGUGCUGGUGUUUUGCCAAGUGCUGAAGCUGGUUGUUCUGAUGGUGAGGUUAUGUAUAUGAGAGCUAGGUUUGAGAGAAUUGUUGGGUCGAGAGAUUCCGAAGCUUUCUAUAUGAUGAAUCCUGAUAGCAAUGGUGCACCUGAGCUUAGUGUUUAUUUGCUUAGAGUUUAGUUUUGUUUCUUAGCAGUAUUAACAUCUUUAAAAGCUUUGUUAAUUACUGUUUAGUACUUUAGUUAAUACUUUUAUUUUUUCCCUUUUUAGUUUUUGUUCUUGGUAAACUUAUGCAUGUUUGGAAUCCCAGUAAGUCUGGCAAAAUCACAAUAGCGUCGUGAUUUCGUAGGUAGCUUUUGUCAAAAUUACGGAGGCACGUUGUGAUUCUGACAAACUCUUCAUUGUCAAAAUUACCGUGGCACAUUGUGAUUCUGGCAAACUCGGAGUUAAUCCAACCACGCGCUUGGAAUGGAAUACUAGGUUAUUCAUGUUCAACUUGCUUAGUUCUUCAAUCAUGAAAAUGGAGGCCUAGUUUAGGUAUUUUCUUUUCUUUCCUUCUCUUCUUCCUAGAGGUUGAAGAAGUGGGGUUAAUGAUCUUUUUUUUAGGGUAGGGAGAAAGGGGUGAAAUUGUGGGUUAUCAAUACUUUACAGCUUGGUUGGUGGGGUGGGUAAUGAAAGGUGUAUAUGUAUAGUUUUCUUUCUAAUCCUUUUGAUUAGUGAUAUGAAAUGGAUGUUAAUGCAAA